CCUCAGCACCACAUGGUCCAGCCGGGCUCUGCAUCAGUAAGCGGAGGGACUGCAGGAGUCCAAUAAAUACAGCUCUCUGCUCCACCGGCUUCCACUCAGCUGGCUGAAGCCGUGGUCGUCUGCUGGUGCCCGGGCGAAGGGAGGCAGCGUUUAGCUUCACAGUCCGCUCCCAGCAAUCCGCCGCUAGCCCGCGUUAGCUAACCGCGCCUGAAGAUGAACGGCCACCUGAACGGCUUGUACAGCCACUCGCUCCACGAUGAAGACUGCUUCCUCUUCACCUCCGAGUCGGUCGGAGAAGGUCACCCCGAUAAGAUUUGUGACCAGAUCAGCGACGCCGUGUUGGACGCUCACCUGAGACAAGACCCCGACGCCAAAGUGGCCUGUGAGACUGUAGCUAAGACGGGGAUGAUCCUGCUUGCGGGGGAGAUCACCUCCAGAGCCAACGUUGACUAUCAGAAGGUUGUCAGGGAGACGAUCAAGGACAUUGGCUACGACGACUCCUCCAAAGGUUUUGACUACAACACCUGCAAUGUGCUGGUGGCUUUGGAGCAGCAGUCUCCGGACAUCGCUCAGGGCGUUUAUCUUGACCGUAAAGAAGAGGACGUCGGAGCCGGCGAUCAGGGUCUCAUGUUUGGUUAUGCCACCGACGAGACCGAGGAGUGUAUGCCCCUCACCAUCGUCUUGGCUCACAAGCUCAACGCCAAGAUGGCCGAGUUGCGUCGAGAUGGAACGCUGCCGUGGGUCCGACCCGACUCCAAAACUCAGGUGACCGUUCAGUACCGGCAGGACCGAGGAGCCGUGGUGCCGUUGCGCGUCCACACCAUCGUGAUCUCUGUGCAGCACGACGAGUGCGUGAGUUUGGAGGAGAUGCGUCACAGUCUGAAGGAACAGGUGGUGAAAGCCGUGGUUCCCGCUGGGUACCUCGACGACGACACCAUCUACCACCUGCAGCCCAGCGGCCGAUUUGUCAUUGGAGGUCCACAGAGUGAUGCCGGUUUGACCGGACGCAAGAUCAUUGUGGACACCUAUGGCGGCUGGGGAGCCCAUGGAGGUGGAGCUUUUUCUGGGAAGGACUACACAAAGGUUGAUCGCUCUGCAGCGUACGCAGCUCGUUGGGUGGCCAAAUCUCUGGUGAAAGCGGGACUCUGCAGACGAGUCUUAGUCCAAGUUUCCUACGCUAUAGGAGUAUCCCAUCCUCUGUCUGUUUCCAUCUUCCAUUACGGGACCUCUCAGAAGAGUGAGCGAGAGCUGCUGGACAUCGUGAGAAAGAACUUUGAUCUCCGUCCAGGAGUUAUUGUGAGGGACCUCGACCUGAAGAAGCCCAUCUACCAGCGCACGGCCUCCUACGGUCACUUUGGUCGGGACAUGUUCUCAUGGGAGGUGCCCAAGAAGCUGAAAUACUGAAGCACCCUGUUCUCCUGUAGCACACCUCCACCGUCCUACGUAUAAACCUGGUUUUCUCCCUUAGCACACUCCCCCACCUUCCAUCCUCUCCUCCUCUUCUUCUUCUUCACUUUUGUUUUGCUCUUACAUCAGAACACCAUCAACCUAGAUGGCCUUUGUCCAACUAUUUGCAAAUUUACAAUAAUUUUACAUGAAACAAUAUAAUUUUUCCACAUUUACUAUAUAAAUUUCUUUUUCUUUAACGGUGGAUUUCAGAUUUAGGUUUCCAAAUGGCAAACAUUAACAUUUCUGCCAUGUUUCACUCCGGUACAGAUGAAGAGGUGAGCCAGUUUGUGCUCCUUUGCUUUUAUCCAAGAGAAAAGGGGGAAAAAAACAUCACUUCUAUUUAUUUUUUCCUCAAACUUCAACAUUACAAAUGAAAAUCAGACUUUUUUUUCAUUAUUUAGUUACAUGUGCCUUUCCUUCAUAACAUUGUGUUUUUCUGACGUUUUACAGAGAAGUCAGAAGCUGCUAAUUACCUUAUGGUUAUGUUGGACGGCACCCAGAGUAUUUUGUAGGUAUUUAUUUUCUAGGUUUAAAUUGUCAGUAAGUUGACUAACAUAAAGGCACAGAUGUACCAUAUUCCUGAAUGCAAACACUCCAUCAUCCUCUGAUUUAAUCACGUCUCUAUCCCAUGCUGGCUCAAUGCACUGAUUAUUUAUGUAAUGCGGGACCGGAGCAGUCUGAGACGGCUUUUGAGCUCUCUCUGUCUGACUAGGACCUGAAACUGAGCAGACAGGUAUGUUGGAAGAUGAGGCACAGAGGACCCAGGCGAGACAAAGAUGUUGGUGCACUGAAUGUAUUACUCCUCAUCUUCUCAACAGUUGGUGCUUAGAAGCACCAAAUGUGAAACACGGUUAGGAGGUGAAUGUUUAAACUUUCAGCUUUAACUUUAAAUUGUCUGCUAAAUAAAAUCUAAUCUAAUCUCUGCCCCAAUGAGUACAUGAAAUUCUGCCUAACUAACCAGUUUGCCCCCUCCUGUCCUCUCAACAACUGUAUAAAAGUGUUUAAACGAGUAUUCCCAAUGCUGUGGAGAUAUCAACUCAACGUUGGACUGCCCCACUAGCUCUCUUAGUAACUUUCCUCCUUGACAUAGAAAUCCCUGGGAUAUAUACUAUAGCAUCUCCAGUUACUGAGAUCAUAGUUCUGUUGGGCUAUAUCAUAAAUCUAAAUCUAAAAAACCACUGAAGUUAAGAUUUGCUUUUGGUUUUCUCUUGCUCAAUAUUGUGGUUGUUAGUGUUUUACAGUAGGUAGGCUUUGGAUUCUCACAGUUUAACUGCAUUUACACCAAUUUUAAUUUUCUUUAAGCAGAAAGGCCCCAUUUGCUGUCAAAGUCAGCAUAUUGUUAUAGCUGUCCACAGUAAUGUAUUUUUAAACCUAUUAAGCCAACAUAUAACCUGAACACCUGUUACAUCUAGUGGUAAUUUAUACCUUUUUUUUGCCAUUCUGGUCUUUACAGAGAAAAAUGCAUGUAACAGCCUGAUGUUAGUAGAUGACUUUAUUCUAACUAAUUACUUUGGGCUCUGGUUAACAGAUGUGCUGCUCUUAGCUUGCCAUCUGUAGCUUUAAGCCAGUGUUACCUUUAAUAAGGAGGGACAGCUGGUCCAUAGGAGCGUCUUUUCUGCUGCUGUACUGCAAUGUGCAGCAACAGGUUUGGGAGGGGCAGUAAUGGGUUACUGUACUCUGUACAGCUGGGAAAAGAGCUUAGGAAUGGUAUCAAGGUAAAAUCUUUAGCCAUUUUUAAACUUGACGUAGGGUUACGCCAGAUGGAUUUGUGGAGCGCUCACUGUGUCCGUCCAGUUAGCUGAUGGGUUUUACUUGAGGUCAAAUAUUUUUAUUUUACAAUGUUUGCUUUCUAAACCUCAUCCACGACUCAGACAAAUAAUUGGUUGGUGUUGUACAGAGAAACCAGCCUGUUUACAUUGUCUGCAGCCGGGAGUUUGAAAGUGUCUCUUUGUUCAGUAAAUGUAUUUAAAAAAAGUGCCUUUUUCUCAUUUACUGCAAAUUAACCUAAAUUCAGUUUGGUUCCUUCUUGUCUUUCUUCUCUGUCCUGAAUUUUCCACAAUUAAAAGCUCGUGAGUCUGA